AUGUCGACAAUAUGUAGACCACAAAGGGAACUGAACGAGCAUAAUAUAGAUUACGCCAACUUAUCACGACACAGCACACACUAUGCCUUAACAAUCGACUUAACACAACACCAGUGCAAUCUAACCAACACAACAUACACCGGCACAAUAAACACGAAGACAAUAUUCACAAGCGCAACUUAUACCAACACCGACACAACAAAUUCCAAAACAACACAGCUUGCACCAAAACAACGUACGCCAACACAGCAUACACUAACACAACAUAAACCAAACGGCAUAUACCAAACAACUUACCCCAACACAACCUACACUAACACAACAUACCCCAACACAACAUACCCCAACACAAAAUACCCCAACGCAACAUACCCCAACGCAACAUACCCCAACACAACGUACCCCAACACAACAUACCCCAACACAACAUACCCCAACACAACAUACCCCAACACAACAUACACAAACACAACAUACCCUAACACAACAUACCCCAAACAACAUACUUCAACACAACAUAUCCCAACACAACAUACCCUAACACAACAUACUCUAACACAACAUACCCCAACACAACAUACCCUAACACAACAUACCCCAACACAACGUACCCCAACACAACAUACACAAACACAACAUACCCUAACACAACAUACCCCAACACAACAUACCCCAACACAACAUACCCCAACACAACAUACCCCAACGCAACAUACCCCAACACAACAUACCCCAACACAAAAUACCCCAACACAACAUACCCCAACACAACAUACCCCAACACAACAUACCCCAACACAACAUACCCCAACACAACAUACCCCAACACAACAUACCCCAACGCAACAUACCCCAACACAACAUACCCCAACACAACAUACCCCAACACAACAUACCCCAACGCAACAUGCACCGACGCAACAUACACCAGCAAAACGCAACUCCCUGCCAACAAACACAUGA